AUGCCUGCUAAAUAUAAAAUUGUUAUGAUCCGUCAUGGAGAAAGUGAAUGGAAUCAGAAAAACCUCUUCUGCGGCUGGUACGACGCUGACCUGAGCGACAAGGGACGUGAGGAAGCUGUGUCAGCCGGUAAAGCUUUAAAGGCAGAAGGCUAUCAGUUCGAUGUAGCCCAUACAUCGGUUCUUAAGCGUGCCCAAAUUACUUUGAACAGUAUUUUGCAAGAGCUGAAUCAAACCGAUAUUCCUAUUAACAAGACUUGGCGACUAAACGAGAGACACUACGGCGGUCUGACUGGUCUCAAUAAAGCCGAGACCGCCGCGAAAUAUGGUGAAGCACAGGUACAAAUUUGGCGCCGUAGUUUCGAUAUUCCACCACCGGCCAUGGAGAAGAACCAUCCUUAUUAUGAGACAAUUGUGAAUGAUCCUCGCUACGCCGGUGAUCCGAAACCAGAGGAAUUCCCCAUGUUCGAGAGCUUGAAGCUGACUAUUGAAAGAACAUUGCCAUACUGGAACAAUGUUAUCGUUCCUCAGAUCAAGGAGGGUAAGAAAAUCAUUAUAGCCGCUCACGGCAACAGUCUGAGAGGCAUUGUCAAGCAUUUAGAUGGUUUGUCCGAUGCUGCCAUAAUGGAGUUGAAUCUACCAACGGGUAUUCCAUUUGUUUAUGAAUUGGAUGAGGAUAUGAAACCGGUUGAUUCAAUGGUCUUUCUCGGAGACGAAGAGACUGUUAAGAAAGCUAUGGCCGCUGUAGCUGCCCAAGGAAAAGCUAAAUAG